AAAAAGAAAGAGAGAGAGAGAGAGAGAGAGAGAGAGAGAGAGAGGUGACAGUUGUGGCGAUGGAAGGUGGAGAAGCGUGGAGCAUGCUAAGAUGCGCGGGGGAUGCGCAGGAUAAAACAAUGAUCAAUAGGAUAAUGUUGCGAUUCCGGCCGAUUGCGCCGAAACCGGUGACUGGAUGCUCGGUUUCUGGUCACUUGCAAAUUGGUGACAAAACCCAGUUGGUAUCUAAGAGAAGAACUAAGAGAAAGUACGUUAGGGUUCGCGAGAAUAAUCGGUACAAGAGAAAUAGCAAUAAUAAUAACAGAAAUAAUAAGAUCCGAAGAAUAUUAUCUUUGCCAUCUUCAGAUCAAGAACGCCGAGAGUAUCAUCACAGUCCGAACGAAAACAACCUCGUCACCCUUCAAUUGUUGCCUGAGCGAUCGGCUGACAGCCCAAUAAGGGAGCAACACGUGUCUUGUUUAGAUCAUGGGGUUGAAGAUCGUAGGGUUGUGGAGAAGCGAGGGUUGAUGACUUUCCAGAUUGAUGAUUGUAAUAAUACUGCUCACACCAUGAUGGGUUCGAUGACGAUGCGGGAUGAUGAUGGUGAUGAUGGAUAUGAUGAUGAUCAGACGGUGGUGGUUGAGUCGUGGGUGACGGUGGAGAGCGUGACAUGCGUGUGCAUGGACGUAGGAGACCCCCCACCACACCAUCAUGACCGUCGGCUAGGGAGCACGGAUGCGGAUAGGGUGAGGAGAUUAGAUGCGGACACGUGUCCCGCGUUUGUAUCCGACGGUCUAAAUAGAGUGCGGUGGGUAAACGGAGCAUAUAAGAGGAUGGUGAUCCGAGAUGUUGGGAAUUUUAAAGGUGACGGACUGUCACGGUCACCGGAGAUAAAGGUCUGGCUGGUGGUGAAGGAGGAGUUGCCGGUGAGCGCGUUAAACGGUGCGUUUUCGUGUAGAGUGAGGGUGCAGUACACGUGGCAGAAGGAUAGGUGUUUGAGAAUGGUUUUGCCAUGUGACGUUUGGCGGAUGGACUGCGGUGGGUUUGCAUGGCGGCUGGACGUCGAGAAUGCAUUGAGGUUGGGACGAUGAAGAAAAUUGGUCAAAGCGUUGAAAAUAAAUUAUGGGAAUUACCAAAUAAUUAGUCCAGGAAGAAAGAGUCAUCAGGUUUCCUAAUUUCUAUUAUCAAGGGGAUGUGGAGCUGGCUAAAAUGGUGAAGAUUAACUAAGGG